UUACGUGACAAUGUUGAGAGACGCAGUCACUCGGUUCCUGAGUGAGUGGAAGCAUGUGUCCAUCGGUGCUCACUGGCAAGAGGUUCUGCAGUGUGAUGGAAGCCGGCACGGGCCCAGGGUGCCAAGGUGUUACCGGGGGAAAAACUGGAUGAACGUGUCUCUAGUAGAUUUUAUGGCUUGCAAAUCCAACCUGGCCUUCAAUCGACAGACCCGGAUGCUGGCGAAUCUGAGCCUGUCUGACUGUUACAGAAAGAAAUCGAACCUCAGCCUCGAACAGAGAGACGAGAUAAUGCUAGCGAGCGCCAAGUACAAUCUAGCAAAGUUCUUUCGUUUUUUUGGAUUGCAAGAAAAUGAAUUUGAAAGCGCUCGAUUAUUUGAAGCUACUUUCCCCGGCAUAAAGUUUAAACAAGAGGCUUUUAUGCAAAACGUAACCACGGCUCAGAGAGCUCUUGAUAGUCUGACCGAUUUCGAGAGAAAAAAGAUUUUGAGACUGAACCACCUGGACGUACGGUUACUUCAGUUUGCAAGAGCUUUAUUUCUAGAAAGAUUAAAACGUGUUAAAAUAGGGGUUGAUCCGGACAAAGCACAAAAAAGAAUGACGAAAGAUCAUGAUAAUAUACAAGAUUUGUCAGUAAAAGAGAAACUUGGCGCACAGAUGUCUACGUUCAAAUAUAUAAUUGCCUAAAAGUCGCCACUGUACAUAAUUUUUAUAAAGGCGUUUUGCUUCGUUUAUCGAGUUGAGGUUCAUAUAGAAAAAUCUUUACUCUUGCAUUAUGUGUAAAGAUGUGCCAAUCUUAAAAAAAAAAAAGCACACACUCGGUGCUUUAAAAGAACGAAACUAAGAAGGCUACACCACACCACCACUAAGCUUUGAGGGAAAGGGGGGGGGGGGAGAUUGAUUCCAAACUUUAAAUAGAGUUGAGGUCCAUAUUGAAAACUAAGUCAGUUAUAAUCGUAACAAGUUAGUUAAUAAGGUAAUCACAAUAUGCGUGGACGCACUUUACUGCUACUGGUUAAUUUUUCCUGCUUUUACUCGACCAUGGAAGAGUGAAUAUUGCUUGUAAUUGUCCUGUUCAACGGCUAAAGUUUGUGCUUACUGAAAUAUACCGAAUUUCUUUAUACACGUAUGUUAUUAUUAGGUUAUCCUCUCUCGCUCCAAAGCAAAGAAACAAACAAAAAUAUCCACAUCUACCUUACCCUGCCCUCUUUUUCUUUUGCAAGAUAUAUUUUGUCUAAAAUUGUUCAGCUGAUACACCUCUGUUUAUCGCACUAUGGCACUGUUGAGUAUAGAGAUGAAUGCCGCAGGCUGCUCUGAAGUUCAAAUAUUAGUGGGUUCAGAUUUUCAGUCGUGUGACAGGGAAUUAUUACAUUUGGGCUUUCUCCUGGUUCACCUGGGUGGCGAAUAAUUAAUCGUUCAGCUUUUGUAGUGAUAACGAAAUCCCUUUGUCGGAGUUAAUGUGUGUUGAGCGUAGAAAGUAAUACAAAAAAAUAAGUCAGCGUAUUCUAUUAUAAUUUAUAAGUAACGCUUAGUACCAAGGCGUGAUGUAGUUUCAUCCUACCGUAAAAACAUGUGUGUUUCUUCUAUUAAAAUGUAUUAGAGACUUAAAAAGGGCGGUUCAAAACGUUUAUAUAUACGGCACUUACUGUACGUUGAGUUUUGUAUAUAAAACCUUGCAAUCUUUUGUAGGAGUCCAAUUUGUUCAGUUUAGCCAUUUUAAAUAAAUUAUAAAAUUUGCUGAGAAUGUAAGAAGUUGUAAACAAUGGGCAACAAGCCUUAAGACAGGGAAUCAGAGUGAUUUUUCAGUGUAGCACACUUUAUAUUUCUUUACAUCGGGUUGCCUACAUCACUGUUUUAAAACAUUCAUAACCAACAUAUCUGACCUCUACUUUCCGUUCUC